AUGCAGGCCUACUCUGAUCAGGUCACGGGUAGCGACGGCGCUGCUGUUGACGACGCCCAGGGCUUUGGGAGGUCCAAGGCUGUGAUGUCAUACAACACCCUCCUGGGCUCCACCAUCAUCGGUCCUAGUUACAAGUUCACAUCUGACCCUUCAUCCUUGGAGGGUGCCAAGGUCAUGGCAGCCAGCGGCGCCCGGGUCCACAAGUUUUCGGUGGACAAUUGGCUCGACACUGCCAGGACGCGCCGGCCAGCGUCGCUGCUGGAGGCGGUGACCCAGUCGCAGCAGCGAUACGUUGACGUGCUGGACCAGCCCAUGGACAGGUUUGUAUUUUGGGCCUACCCCGUCACAGAUGCGAUCUAUCAGGAGUUUUAUGAUCUGGCCACGUUCCUGAUCAAGCGCUACGCCGGCACUGGAAAAUCAUUCUUCAUUGGCCAUUGGGAGGGAGACUGGGCCAUUCGUGACAAUUACAAGGACCCCAUCAUGCCUGGCCGGGUCGAGUACUGGACCCACAAGCUGUCGGAGGUCCAGAGAGCCAUCGACACAGCAAAGGCAGACGCAGCUGAUCUGGUCAACGGCGGUGCAGGCGUGCGGGUUUGGGGCUACGCAGAGGUCAACCGGGUCCUGACGGCGAUGGGCAACUCGUCCUACCCUGCAUUCAUCAACCAAAUCGUGCCAAACAUCAACCCACCCAUUGACUUCAUCUCCUACUCCAACUGGGAGAUCGAGGAGGCCCAGCAAAGGUCUGCAGAUGAGAUCGGCACAGUUCUGGGGGACGCACUGGACUUCAUCAAUUGCCACUUGCCCCCCAAGCCCUGCGUCCCUGAGCCGCGCGUCUUCGUGGGCGAGUUUGGCUACUUCCUGCGCAACAACAACUGCACUGCGGCUGACGCGCCGCCGGUCAAGGCAGGCCAGGGCCCUCACAUGGACACUACCUCUGAGAUUAUCAAACAGCGCACCCUGUGGCACGCGGCUAGCGCCAUCGCAUGGGGUUCACCCAUGAACUUAUACUGGGAGCUCUACAGCAACGAGAAGGGCACCGAUGCCAAGGGCCAGCGCUGCGACAAGGGCUACUGGCUGGUCAACGACCAGGGGCAAGAUGAGCCCGUGUUUGCCGCACUCAAGGCAUACUACUCCGCCGCAGACGCAUUUGUCCGUCGCCACGCGCGCGCCCAUGGCGGCGCGGCGCCGGAUAUCAACGCGUUCCGCCGAUGGGCCGUGGCAAAGCUGGCGGACCUCACGGGUUAUGUGGGCGUGGCGCCGCCAAAGGUGCGGGAACUGGACCCCGCCGCGGCCCUGAUCGCCGGCGGCCACUAG